ACAGUGAUGCAGAUGCUCAAAUAGUUUCGUUUCUCAAGAAAUAACAGCUGAUCCUCUUAUUUAAGGUCCAGUCCAGCAUCAGCCUCCUUAUCCAGUCUGAAAACAUGGGACUCUUAACAGCUGUAGCUAUUGCGGCAGGCGCUGGUGGAGCAGUGGUCUCUGCUCCGUUUGUUCUGGGAGCCAUAGGUUUCACCUCAGCUGGAAUAGCAGCAGGUUCCUACGCUGCAGGAAUGAUGUCUUCUGCUGCUAUUGCCAAUGGAGGAGGAGUGGCAGCAGGAAGUCUGGUGGCUGUUUUGCAGUCAGCAGGAAUGGCUGGUCUGUCUGGGUCUGUUACUGCAGCCGUGGCCAGUGCUGGAGGAACGGUGGGAUUUUUGGCUACUCUCAUCUGAGAUGACACAGGAAAUCAUGAAGGAAUAAUACAUAAGAAACUAUGUAUUUGCUUUUGCAAAUUAGAAACAAAUGCCAACAAUAUCAGUGAAGUAGAACUUUAUCUGUCGCUAAAGCAAAGCUUGACUGAAAUCUGUGUUUUUGCAAAGCACAUUUAUAUUGUCAAAUUGUCCAAAAUAAAGAAUAUUCAUAAAGGAAUAAUGAACAUCUGAGAA